AACGUGGGCCAAUGAGCGACGAUAUUUGUGCAAUUUUUGGCAGUUGAUCAUACGCGCCAGGGAGAAAAGGUAUCAAAAAAUUGAAUAUCGCUUUAUUCAACAAAAUAAUAAAAUUAUAGAACGUGAAAAGUCACAAAUCGAACACUUUUUUUACUUCUCCGUUUGUGAACGAACGUAAAAUUCACGUCAAAUUCUCCAGACACUAAGGGACCCAAAAUGACUGACCGCAAAGCAGUUAUUAAAAAUGCCGAUAUGAGCGAAGACAUGCAGCAAGAUGCUGUAGACUGCGCUACCCAGGCGAUAGAAAAAUACAAUAUAGAAAAGGAUAUUGCCGCCUACAUUAAAAAAGAAUUCGACAAAAAAUACAAUCCAACAUGGCAUUGUAUCGUCGGUAGAAAUUUCGGAUCAUACGUGACCCACGAGACCCGCCACUUCAUCUACUUUUACCUAGGACAAGUGGCGAUACUAUUGUUCAAGAGUGGUUAAUCUCCAAAAAGCCCCAAUUUCACCUGACUUCUAACCCCCCAAACAAACUAUCCAUCAUUCCCUAACCCCAUUUCCAGUAUUCCACUAUUAGAUGAUCACCUUUUCAAACAUCCUAAGUAUAUGUUUCGAUCUGGGGCGUAUUUUUGAAGAUCUUAUGACAUGGAUGUGAAGAUGCGCCCUAAAAAUUUAUGAGUUUUUUCUCAGACGAUAAUUUUAUAACCUUUUGGAAUAAAAUUAUUUUGUUGAUGCAGUUUAGAUUUUUCACUUAAAAUGAGGGAUUUUGGGCAAAAGUAAGGUGACGCACAAAUUUUUAUUUUUCUUUCUCGAUUGAUGCAAGAAAUUUGGAUAAAUGGGAAACUCUUCUUACAAUUUUGACCAUUAACCGAGUUUUUGAUUCGAUUCGGAUUAAUAAUGUAUUUAAAAGCUAGCAAAAAAACAACAGCUGAAUCUUAAUUGUUGCAUAUUUAUAAUUAAUAAUUAACUUAACCGUUUUAAGUUUUCAAGUGCAAUUACCUUGUUUUUCCAAUUUUCUUGCAAACUUUUUCGGUUUGGUGCACAUGGAAAAUCUAAAAUUUGUGUUUUCGAGCUCGAAUUAUUUUUGAAUUGAAUUCGAAUCUGGCUGUGAGAUUUGGUGUUUGUAAACCAAGAUGAUAAACCGAUCUUAUGGGGCAUUUCAAAAAGACUGAUAAAAUAUUUUGGAACGCCCUGUGUAUUUCAGUGUACAUUCCUUUCGAGAUGUGAGCAUAUAGGAGUAUUUUGUUUUACAGUUUGUAACAAUCUGGUGGAAUAACUAUUGAUUGGAAAACGUUACAGAGAUAGCCGUUGUCAACAUAUUUUGUUAUAUGUUCUUGAUUUAUGAGUUUUAUAUGUAAUUUGUGGAGAGGGGGAGGUAGAAGAAGAAAGAGACUGCCUUAUCAGAAGUAUUAAAAGCAGCAAUAUUGAAAUAAAGGUUGGGAUAUUUAGAAAGAUGAAAGAAUAACAAAUAUAAUAAAAUUGGAGAGAAAAACUAAAGCUGUUAUUAAACCCAGAUGAUAUGACAUAUUCCUUGUUUGUCUGUAAUUAUGUCAAUGUUUCAGAUUGCAUAGUAGAGAUAACAGUUUAUAAAUUUGGAAAGCUUUUAGAGCUAUGAGUUAUUAAUAUUCCUGAAGCUAUUUUUUGUGGGGAAUAAGCUACAAUUUUUCUUAAUAUUUCUUUGUGGCAUUUAUGUAAUUUACCAUUCUAAUUGAGAAAUAGCCACAAUUUAAGUUGAAAAAUGAUUUUAUUGACGUUUCGACGUUCGAAGACACGACAGACAUUUGUUGACACGGUGCAAAUGACCUUUUGUUUCAGUUAAAUCUGUUCAGUUAUACAAACAUUUAAAUACAGUUAUCUCGUAAAGUUUAAGGGGGUUAAAAGGAGAAAAUUGACAUCAUUCUUCGUUUCUUACACCAAAUAAUGUUUAAAAUAAUUUUGGCAGCGUUGAUUUGAAAAAAUUCUAGAGCAAUUCAGUUGUAAUAAUUGUAGUAAAUUGCACAAAUCUAUUUUAACUUAUAUUUAAUUUAUCAGUAUAUUGCUGAUGUAGCGAAAUAUUUUUAAAGGGAUUUUUAAUUUGGAAAUAAUUCGACCUGUAUAUAUGACUAAUUAAGUUGUUAACAAAAAUAAUAAAAUGACAACCAAUAAUAAAAAAUGUUCUUGUUAAUAUAGAGGAAGCUCAGUUGAGAAGAGUUCCUUGACACCUCAAAUUGCAAGAACGUCUUCGUUGAGCUUCAAGGGAUUCUUCCGCAAUUAUUUGGUUGACAGAUUUCUACGUCCACUCUAUAAAAAAAUAUUUAAAGUAUGUAUCCCGAAUCUUUAUUAAAAUUUCUUAGUAGUUCUUUUAAAAAAGAUGAGAUAGGCGUAGAUAAUUUGAACGGUGUGUGUUUUAAAAGAACUGUUCAGAAAAUAUUGCCUAUAUGUAGAUAUAUUUUGUUCUUGGGAAACAGAUUAUUUGUUUUCUCGAAUGCCAAGAUUUUAUUUGUUGCCUCCUAGGGUCAGAACUGAUUAUUUUUUCGUAUUUUUUUUGUUUUUGAGUUAUUUGGCAAAAAGUUUUGGCGCACGCUAUAUUUUUUUACUGAAUAGAAUGCUCCUCUGAGGGUGUAAAUUUUUGUUUUUAUUUUGUUGAUGAGGACUUUUUGUCAGAUCACUCUUUUUAUCCCGAAUCAUUUUUGAAUGUAAUAUAUCCACAAAAAUGACAACUUCACUUCUUAAAAACAAUUAUUGUUGUUUAAAAACUGUAUUUCUCAAUGUAAUAAUAUAUGGUUAAAGACGAA